AUGUUCUCCGUCGUGAUCCCCGGCCGUCCGUGCCUCACGGACAUCGUCGCAGUAGACAGCCAACCAAACGGCCAAGCUACAAAAUUCGCCUUCACAAUCCCAGUCGCUCCCGCAUUUAAGGAAAUAGUCGUCUUCCUUCUACCAGGAACAGUUCUCCCCCCAAACACCGGCGCCGCAAUAUACGCUCAACUCCCAGACCCAAGCACCGGGGCCCCGACAGACUUCCGCUUCAUUGGCGCAUUAGCCAAUGAGAGACCCUCCGGCAUUUUCACCGUCAACGCCAAUGGCACUGCACCACAUAGAUCAGAAGCUGAAGAGGAGGACGACAUGCUCGACGACGGUUCUGCGAAUCCUGCAGCUACAGGCAUUUUAACACUUGGUAUAUCUAUUGAGGCGGGUGAGAAUAUUGCGCCGCAGCUUGCAGCGCUAGAGAAUGAGAAGGCGGCAACAUCUGGAUCUUCGGCUCUGGUUAUUCAGGGACAGGGACAGCAGAAACAGGUCUCGACGAAGAUUCUUGCGCAGCGAAUCAUUGGUAGCGCAUUUAACUUUCUGGCGAGCUUUGCGGAGUCGGAUAAGGGUCGUGAUGUUGUGCCGUUGAAGAGCUUUCAAGACUGGUGGACGAAAUUUGAGAGACGAAUUGAUAUGGAUCCAUCGUUUUUGGAAAAGGCGGACCCUAAUGCUGCUUGA